AUGUCGAGUAUCCUUCAUCUUCCUUCCAUGAGGUUGCUGGGAUGCCUCCAGCUCCAGCCGCACCUUUUCCGUCAUGUGGUCAAUCGAAGCGUGACCCAGGGUGAAUACAGACGACCCGGCAAGCCCCGAGAAGAUAAGUUUCCAUGGGAGAAGAUCAACUUCAGCUUCUCCAAAGGACUGGAUGGCAUCCGGAAACACAUGACAUUGCUGAAAACUGAGUUCUUUCAGCGCUGGGUGGGGCCCCAAGGGAAGCCCAUCAUGGAACACAUGCUGGAGCAGAACCAGGUGGUGUGGGAGUUCCGGGGGGCCGAGAGCCUGGAGGAGUGGAUUGUGUCAUCGGAUCGUGAGAUUGGAGGCCAAAGUGAGGCUUACUUGAAGCUCGGGAGGAACAACAACACUUGUUUUCUCUAUGGGACACUUAGAUUGGCGCCUCCUAAGGAUGGUGAAACACGCUACAGCGGCUACUGUAGCAUGCGUUCCAGGCAGCUGUUGGCGUCAUUUGAUCGAAAGAAGCACUACGACUGGUCCAGCUUCAACACGCUGCACCUGCGCGUACGCGGCGACGGCCGGCCGUGGAUGAUUAACCUCGCAGCGGAGACUUACUUCUCCCACCAGAAAGAUGACAUUUACAACUAUUUUCUGUACACCCGAGGCGGGCCCUACUGGCAGGAUGUCAAGAUUCCCUUUUCAAAGUUUUUCCUCACACAUCGUGGAAGAAUUCAGGAUGAUCAGCAUCCUCUUUGGCUGGAUAAGAUCAAUACCAUCGGAUUUACCCUGGGGGAUAAAGCGGUUGGUCCCUUUCAGCUGGAGAUCGAUUACAUUGGCGUCUGCAAAGACUAUGCGCACACCGAGGAGUUUGCUUACGAACUCCAUAAAAGGAAUCCAGAAGUUUGA